UUAACCGGAAGUAGAAAGUGUUUCAUUGAACGGCGGUAGCUGUAGUGAUGCGACUGUACAUGCAGCAUACAGUGAAGAUUUACUCAUAUUCACAAUAUCUUCUUCAUUACACAGUUAUUGUGUGAUGGCGGCGGGAGGAGCGACGCAAGUGGGCGAUGUGGAGGAGGACGCGUCGCAGCUCAUGUUUCCUAAAGAGUUCGAGAACUCGGAGACGCUGCUGAACUCGGAGGUCCACAUGUUGCUGGAGCAUCGCAAGCAGCAGAACGAGAGCGCGGAGGACGAGCAGGAGCUGUCCGAGGUCUUCAUGAAGACCCUCAACUACACCGCCAGGUUCAGCCGCUUCAAGAACAGAGAGACCAUCGCCAGUGUGCGCAGCUUACUUCUGCAGAAGAAGCUUCACAAGUUUGAGUUGGCAAGUUUAGCCAAUCUGUGUCCCGAGGCUGCAGAGGAGGCCAAAGCCCUCAUCCCAAGCGUGGAAGGCCGGUUUGAAGAUGACGAGUUACAGCAAAUCCUGGAUGACAUUCAGACGAAACGCAGCUUCCAGUACUGAGCUGAUCUGUCCUUCAGUCUCAGUGACCAGAGACUUCCUCUUCCUCUCCGCUCUACGUCUUCUUAUAUCAGUCUGAGCUGAUUUGUCCCUCAUUUUGCCAUUGUUUGGAAAAAAUAAAGUGUUUUUUGAUAAAAUGUA